CUAAAACAUAAUACAGUGCAAACAAACCAAACCAACCACCCACAGAUAACAGUACAUACAAGCAAGCGUCGUCAGGCAGGCCGGGUCAAUAUCAAUAGGGCAGGUAGGUACAGGGGGAGCAAGCGGAGAUGGGUCGGGGUCACAGGCCAGGUUCAGCAGGUAGCAAGCAGCGUGGUACAGAGGGUCAGGCAGAGGGAUGGUCAGGAGCGAGCCAGGAUCAGAGCAGGAGAAGUCAGCAGCGGUUCAGAUCAGGCAGGGUCAGCAAAGGAACAGAAACAGGAUGCAGGACAGAUACAGGGCCCAGGACAAACACAACACCAAGGCAGAGUCUGUGGGUCUGGCCAU